UUUAAUAAGAGAAGGGAGAAGUGAGGCAGUGAGAGAGUAUUAAGGUCAUGGCGGCGUUGCAGAGCGCCGAGAAACAGAUCUCUCUCAGAGACAGAGAGCGAGAAGCCCUUAAAUAAAUAUACCCUUUCAUACCGACAAACCAACUUUUCUCUCAGUACCAAAAAAGCUUUCUCUGUCCGAUUUCUAAACAAACCCUAAAUCACAGACAUACUCUACACAUUUAAUCUCUUUCGUCUUCUUCAUCCUCUCAGAAAUAGAGAGAGAGAGAGAGAGAGAGAUCUAUAUCUUCUUCUAUUCAGAUCUUUGGAUAGAUUCUCACUCUGAAAGUCAAGAUCUUAAUUUGUACGUCUAGAUAUAUUAUUAUAGGAGUAGAUAAAAGCGAAGCCCUUGUCGAAAUUGAUAAUAUAUGGCUGGUGUUGUCGGAAUAUGGCAGGCUUUUUCUCGCUAGGACAGGGCGGAGGAAGAGGAAACAGCCAAGACCACAGAACCAAUAAUAACCCUUCUCCUUCGGGAACAGAAUCUUGGCUUUGGUUCAGAAACCCUAACUCUAACGCAAACGCUGGUGGUGGAGAUGUCGUCGCUCCUUCUUCUUACAAAGGAACCCUUGAGCUAUGGCAACACCCAAACAAUCAAGAGAUCAUAUUCCAGCAGCAACAGCAACAAAGAUUGGAUCUUUACACUUCUGCUGCAGGUUUAGGUGUCGGACCAAGCAACCGGAACUUAAUGGAAACUUCCGACGGGGCGUUGAUGAUGAUGAGAAACGGUAGCAGCGGCGGUGGACCCAGCUGCCAGGAUUGUGGUAAUCAGGCUAAGAAAGACUGCUCUCACAUGAGAUGUAGGACUUGUUGCAAGAGCCGAGGCCUCGAGUGUUCCACUCACGUCAAGAGCACCUGGGUUCCUGCCGCUAAACGCCGAGAACGCCAGCAGCAGCUUGCAUCAUCAGGUCAACAACCGCAGUCGCAGUCACAGCCGCAGGUUGAGAGCGUCCCUAAACGGCAGAGAGAGCAUUUCCCGUCGAGAUCCAAUUCCCUUGUCUGUACUCGUAUACCUUCUAACAACACCUCCUCAGGGUUAGAGAUUGGGAGCUUUCCGCCGGAAGUUAGCUCGCCGGCAAUUUUCCGGUGCGUGCGUGUGAGUUCAGUAGAUGAUGAAGAAGAGGAGUAUGCGUACAAAACAGCUGUGAGUAUAGGCGGUCACGUCUUCAAAGGUAUUCUCUACGAUCAAGGCCCGGCCGAGAGAAGCUCCUCAGGCGGUGGAUCUCAGCCGUUGAAUCACAUAGCCGCAGGCCCAUCGGCCUCUUCAUCAAGCCCAAACGUGAGCUGCAACAAUGGAGUCGUUGGCUCCACUUCAGAUCAUUACAUCGAUCCUGCCUCUCUCAAUUAUCCUACUCCCAUGAACACUUUCAUGACAGAGAGAGUGAGAAAGGGGGUAAAUUCUACAGAUUACGAGGGGUGAGUGGAGGAAGGAACAGCAAAAGGUGCAAAAUUGGUCUGCGUCUUCAUUUCUGCAGGUUUUUUAUGUUUGGGACCUAAAGAACUCUUCUUUCCCAAUUUAUUCCUUAGGCUCUUUUUCAUUAUUCAAUUUACGUCACCUCAAUAAUGCCAUGAUGAUAACGAGAUGCAAAAACGAAUCGGAAAACGAGCUAAUACCAAUUCUGAUUAAUUAUCGUGGUUAAGGAGAAUGAAAUGGUAAGUGCAUGGGGGAAGACUCUGUGAAAGAUACAUACAAAUCAUGCAUUAUGUAAUUUACCUUCUUUUGUUGUUUUGUUAAAGUUUAUGUAAUUUACAUUUAUAACAUUGUAAUAUAAUUGAAUUGGUCCCAUCAAACCGUAU